AGAGUGUAAUUUACUCUAAAUAAUACUAUUAACAAAUAACACGCAGCCACUUUCACACUCACGCGCCUCCACCCUUGCCCUAUCCUCAAGCCGCCGCGUUGUGAGUCAUUCCGGCAACCGCACCAGAAGCUUGUUUAUCCAGUGACUCAAUUCUAUCAUGGAUCAAGAGUUUCUAACUGCUCCUGUGAAUUCUGCUGUUGACAAGUUUCAACUUAUUCCUGAGUUCCUCAAGGUUAGAGGAUUGGUGAAACAACAUUUGGAUUCUUUUAACUAUUUCGUGAAUACUGGCAUCAAGAAAAUUGUUCGUGCAAAUGAUCGUGUCGAAGCUACUAGGCACCCAUAUAUUUAUCUGAGGUUUUUCAACGUCAAAAUUGGUAAACCGUCAAUAAUGAAGGAUGGUAAUUCUGAUCUCAUUAGCCCACAGACAUGCCGACUAUCUGAUCGAACGUACGCGGCUCCGAUAACCGUUGAUAUUGAAUACACUCUGGGAAGUCCUGAUAACCUAAGAAAAGAAACAAGGCCUGAAGUUAAUAUCGGAAGUAUGCCUAUUAUGUUGCGGAGCUGUUGUUGUGUUUUGAAUAAUAGAGAUGAAGACGAGCUUGCAAAACUUGGCGAGUGUCCCCUCGAUCCUGGAGGAUAUUUUAUAAUCAAAGGGAACGAGAAGGUAAUUUUAAUACAAGAACAACUUUCGAACAAUAGAUGAAUAAUUCUAGGCACUGACAACAAAAAAAACAUUACUGCAUCUGUUACAAGCAGUACAGAGAAAAUAAAAACAAAAACUACCAUUUUGAUGGAAAAGGAGAAGAUGUGGUUAGAAUUUAAUCAAUUUCCAAAAAAGGUUCCUCUUAUGGUUGUAAUGAAAGCUAUGGGGAUGGAGAUCGACCAAGAAGUUGUACAGUUGAUUGGAAGAGAUCCUCGUUACAGUUUUCUACUUAUGCCAUCCAUUGAGGAAUAUAUAAACUGUCGUGUAUUUACACAAGCCCAAGCAUUGGAGUACCUUGAUUCAAAAGCAAAAGGUCCCCGUUUUUCUAACAUGGCAGCUGAAAAGGAUGGAAGAGCAUUUAAUAUCCUAAAAAAUGAAUUUCUUGCAAACGUACCAAUGCACGGAGAUAAUUUUCGGCCAAAAUGUAUAUAUCUGGCUGUUAUGAUGAGACGCAUAAUGGAUGCAAUUCUAAAUAAGGAUGCAAUGGAUGACAAGGUCUGUGGAGCGUGUGGGUUGUUAGGAUAUUACAACCAUAAGUUGAAAGCUGGUACUUGUUCAUCUUGUAAGAAUGGAAAGCAGAUUUCUAACGUGAAAGUACCAUAUGCAUGCAAGCUCUUGAUUCAGGAACUCCAAUCAAUGAAUAUUGUUCCACGCUUAAAACUAGAAGAUACCAAAGUUUAAGAGAUGAUGCUAUUAUGAGAGUGCAUGCAGCUUUCAAGUGAAUACAAAGUAGAAUUUUUGUCUCUUCGAUGUUAGAACUUAGAACCCCUUUAAACAUUUAUUUUACCAUAGAAACAAUGUUGCAGGGUUAUUUUGAUGAUUCACGUUGGAAAAAGAGAAGUUAUUUUGACUUAUAUGGUUUCAUUUUUAUGUUGAAAUUGAAUUUCACUUAUGGCGAAA